AUGCCUCCCAGAAGAAGUACUACCCGAAGUCAAAAGAAAAAACAAAUUAUUCCUGUUGACGAAGAUGAUGUUGUCAGAACUUCAAAUAAUGAACAUAUACACGAUAAUGGUCAACAAACCAUGGACUCAGCUUCAAAGGCCAAUAAACAUCAAACUGCCACACCAGUUCCGAAGACCACUGUUAAACGUAGGCGUAAGGAGGCCAUCACUAAUGAUGAUACAAUUCAAGAACCAACUUUGAUUAAUAAACUUCUAGAAUUAAGCGAUGAUGAUGAUGAUCUUUCAGAAGAUGAAAGUCAGUUCAAUGAAAGUGCCAUAAAUAUCGGACGUGAACCUCUUGCACCGAUUACAAAUAUCAACGAUAAAAUUCAUAACGGCAUACCGGAUGAAAAGACUGAAUCUUACGUGAACGUUAAUAAGAUUUGUAGUGAUGGUUCAAAUGAGACAUCUGAAUCUUAUUUUCGUUUAAGUUUGAAUACUACACCUUGUUCUAAUCGCCCUAAUAACACAUAUUCCUCUUCUCGUACACGUAAUAUCGAUAAUGAUGACAUUCGUUCGACUCUUCGGAAAUCAAAUAAUCCAGAAUCCGCACCUCCAGAACCAUUUCGCGAUAUGGUGAACGUUCACCAAAUCUGUUCGUGGUUAUGUGUAAACUCGGACAUAUUAUUACUUGCUUAUAAUAUGUAUCUAUCUAUGCAAACGCCAGCUGCCAACACAUUCAACAUUAUUUCACCCAACUUUAAUUCAUCAACGUUGGCAUCUGGUGUACCACAAAUGCCAAAGCAAGAAGACAGGGUGAUAGCAAAUCGAGAUUUUCUCGAAGAAUUGAAAUGUUUGUUUCUUAGGGUUCAAAACCCUAAGAAGAGCGUUUUCAAGGAUUUGGUACAGCAAAUAUUUAAUUGCGAUCUAAAUUCGUCAGAAGGAAUCGAUUGGCUGCGUGCGGCGAAUAGAAAUUUUAGUGAUUUCAGAAAUAAAUUCCUGGAUAGUGUUGAGGAAGCGAUUGAGAUAUUCAAAGAAAAAAGAGCUCAAGAAAAUAAAGAUACUACAGUUCGCUUUUUAGAUGAAUAUGAAAUAAUUUUGUUUGUCAAUGAAAAUUUAACAUUAGACAUCUUGCAAAGAUGGUUACUAAGUGCGACGAACAUGACUAAAUUGAGAGAUCAAAACUCCUUACGGGUUUUACAAAGAUUCGUCCGAGAAUCAUUAAUUGUAAACUAUGAUUCAAGAGACACUGAUGCAACGAAAUCUUUAGAUAAAAUAACAAAAAAAAUAGCAGUGCCGUCUCGAAAUGGUAAAAAUAUUGCCAGCAACUUGGAGUUGUGA